GCAAGUUCACUCGCCUUUCCCCUCUUUUUUCCACAUUCAUCCUUUCUUCUCAGGUGAGAACAUGGGUACAUCCGGUGAGAAGAGUGAAAAAAGGUGGGAACUCUUUCGUGCGAGUAAUUACCUGUCUCUGAUGUGGCCGUGCUUUGAAUUAUCGAGAAUCUACGGUUUGUUUCCAUACAAGUUCAACAGCAAAGGUGUCAUUGUGCCAUCGAAGUAUGGAUGGAUAUACGCGACGUUCAUUUCGAUAGUGAAUACGAUUUUCAUCGGCGUCAUUCUGUAUCUGAUGGACAUCUCGAAGGAUCUAGCUUUUGACUCGGUUCCGGGGACUCUUCAAGGCAAUUGCUACCUCUUGCUGGCAUGGUGGGUGGCAGUUGUCUCCUAUCUUCUACAUUCCAAAAGAAUGCGAAUGCUGCGGAACUUCGCCAGUGUAUCUGCCAACUUGUCUGCAUCAUCAUUCAAACGUUUAUCGAGAAUUAUCCAUGGGAAAGAUAUCAUUGGGUUCCUCUUCCUCAUGAUACAAGCAACGAAUCUCUACUCCUCGAGACUUGAUCUGGCUACUAGCAAAGUUGUCAGCAUGUAUGCAACCCUUCUUGUAUUCUUCAUGGAUAUGCUUUAUGCUGAUUGCGUUCUGGUGAUCGGCGAGUGCUUCAAAAACAUCAACGAGAAGUUACUGACGCUAAAAAUGAAUAUGGAGAAGGAUCAGCCUCAUCUGCUCAGGAGGGUAUACCAUGAGAAACAUAAUCCUUUGAUUCUGAUGGAGAUUCGGGGCAUAAAGAGUCAACAUAAUGAUGUCAGUGAACUCGUUCACUGUCUCAAUCAGACUUUCAGUCUUCAGCUUGUCGCAUCAGUCACGAUGACGUUUGCUGAAGUGACUUUCUCCUUGUACUUUUAUAUUCUGCAGUGCCUUGGGAAGACUGGGAUCAAUAUGGAAAAACAGAUAUGGUACUCCUAUUUCAGCACUUCAGUUACUUAUUAUGCUUGGAAGUUGGUUGUUAUUGUGUGGGCAUGUGAGAUGUCUAAAGAUCAAGCUGUCAAGACGGGGAUUAUUGUCCAUGAGGUGCUUAUUGACACGGUCGACAAGCAAGUGAAAGAAGAGCUGCAGUUGUUCUCGCUGCAAGUGCUCCAUCGUGACAACACCUUCACGGCCCGAGGUCUCACUCUGGAUGCAACACUUCUGACAUCGGUCGUUGGGGGCAUUACUACUUAUCUCCUCAUCCUCAUACAAUUCAUGGUAUCUUCCAAGUCCUGUGGCUCGGCGAUGGACCCAACAUCUCCGCCCCGAACAUGAACUUCCAAUAAACUUCCACGGGAAUUAGUCAUUUUGAUUAAUUAGUUGGGGCUUAGCCGCACGUAGUGCAUCUACCUCUAGUCUUUUUUUCACAAUCCAGGUGUAACGCCAAGCUUUUUUUAUUAUUAUUGACAAUUUCAUGAAAUUUUAUUAA